UAUCAGUGCGCGUCAGUGAUCUCACAGAAUGCAAUUCAAGUCCAAAAUAUCCGUAAUGCGGAUAGUAACAGAUUUCCAGCCGUUAAUUUUUGCAGUGGGUCUGAUCCUAAUAAUUUCAGGUGCUGCAGCAACUAAAAAAUGUAACUUAUUUAAGCGUAGUAAGCCUACACUCUUAGAAAUUCGGUUACAAAAUAAUGCGGAGGAGGAUUCAUAGGCGAAGGUACAAAAAUUGUCUUUUUAAACUUACCUAUUUAGAAUACGGUAAGAAAUGUGAACCUCCAACCGAUCCGUGUCGACAUGAUCUGCCGUAAUGGAACCUGUCGGUGUGCAGAUGAACACUAUUUUAGUUCAAGCUCUUCGUCCGAAGGCUGUUUUGCCUAUACCCAGAUUCAGCGCAUUGUCACGAUUGAGGACCAUCCUUGGGUGAUUGUAAACGAGUCUUAAGUCCUCUCCUCACAAGCCAUUACUCCAGCGUUUUCCUGCCGACACACAACCUGCUACACCGGCUUCCUCAUCGAUAUUCUUCACAAAAUCGAUAUGAGAAUUAAAAACCUGGACAACUGCACUAUUCAAGGCGUAGAAAUGUUCGGCAAUCUAUCACAGACUGGUCAACCUUUAUCUAAAAAGGACCUUGCUGGUGUAAUCUUGCGCGGGGAGGCAGAUCUUGCUUUGGCAGCGUUUGAGGAUAGAAGCACAAAAAUGGCUGCUUUCCCCUUCAUUUAUAGACACAAUGGGACGCAAUUUUAUUCCUUUAGUCUUGGCUUACCAAAAUCUUCGACGGCUGUUUCGCAAUUUUUGUUGGGAUUUCAUCAGGUUCGCCACGAUAAAUAUAUGUCCGCCUUGUUGGAAAAAUGGUUUGUAGUGGGUACCCCCUUGUGGACGAAGGAGAAACAAAUCACUAACUUUACGCCAGAGUAUGAGUGCCUUUAUAAAUAAUAUGUGUAGGUCCAUGUUCAUGUCAAAGUGUUACAAAAAAUGUCAAAAGGAUUCACAUAUGUACAAUUUUCAUUGGCAAUUUACGAUGUUGUACAUAUUUGAUAUGAAUAAAUGGUUUAAAUAGGUUUCGAUUGAUUAAGUUUUUACGGAU